AUGAAUUUUGAAUUAUUUUUUCCUUUUUCCAUCCCAAAGCGUGUUUUGAAGGCUUUUGGGACAUGGAUUGAAGAAGGAUCAACAGUUGCUACUUACAUUAAAGGAAUCGUCAUGCAUUUGUUCUUCAUAGAACUUUACACGUUUCUGCAGCUUGUUUUCUUGUUCACUUUUAAAGACUUUGAGGAUUUUACUUUGUUGAUGACACUUUUACCAACUUAUAUUGGUUUGUUUUUCAAAACAUCAAACUUUGCUUUCAAGAUGAAGCAAAUCAAACGAUUGAUGGCGAUAAUUGAAGAUCUUUCGACGUAUUGCAAAGAAACGGAAAAAUUGAAGAAAUAUUUGGAGAAAGUUGACAAGAUUUCAAAACUUUAUAUGACUUUGGCAUUCUGCGGUUGCUUGACUGGCGCUUUUUUGACAAUUUAUGAAUUGCCAUACAAAAUGUGGUUUCCUUACGAUAUUAACAAUCGAUUCAACUAUUGGAUUUCUGCAAUUUAUCAAAUUAUUGACUCAAAUAUUUGUGCUCAAGUUACAAUUUGCAUUGAUUUAAUUCCAAUCAUUUUCAUGUGUUACGUCGUUGCGUUUUUGGAUAUUUUAUGUGAUCGCCUGCAAGCCCUCAAGAAGGAAAAAAUCAAAAUUACUGAAUUUGAAGAUUUUCUAGUUCCAAGUAACGAAGAAUUGUCGAAAUGCAUUGAAUUCGGAAUUAAAAUCGGUAAAUGCGUGGAAUUGAUUGAAGAAACUUUCUCGACUAUAUUUUUUGCGCAAGGAUUUUUCAGUACUUUGAUAUUGUGUACAAUUUCAUUCUCGCUUUCUCUUAUCACUGAUCCUGUGAAAUUUGUCAGACUUUUCAGUUAUUUAAUUCCGAUGUUGCUUGAGAUUUAUUUGCCAUGCUACUUUGGAAAUGAAAUUACUUUGAUGUCUGAAAAGUUGUCGGAAAAUCUUUUUCAUUCAGAAUGGCCCGAAGAAAACAAAAAAUUCCGAUUUAACAUGCUGGUUGCUAUGGAAAAAAUGAAGAGAUCCUUGAAAAUUGCAGCUUUCGGGGUGUUUGGUGUCAACAUGAAUACAUUUACUGACGUUUGCAGAUCAACUUACUCACUUUUUGCCGUUUUUAAAAAUAUUCAUGGUCAGAAGGAAAAUAUUUAA